AAGUAAGAGGAUAAGCGAAGAGAGAAAAUCUGGUCAGAUAAAGAAAAUAUAGGACGUUUUUAUCUAGGUUUUAAAAAAGCAAUUAAAGUACGAUCCAGGAGGUAGCAGUAAUGCAGCACUUUGGAUUCAAGCUGCCGUUAAAAACUAAAGAAGAAGAACUAAAUGGAUCUUAAAAGACAGAUCAGCUGACGGGCUGAUAAGACUUCUGGAGACGAUGUGCUUUUAAAGGCAGGGAGCGAAUAUUUUUCUGUGUUUUUAUCUAUUCAGAAUGAGCAUCAACAGCAGCGAACAGGCGGAUGUUUAUACCAGGCUCUCUGGAAGAGACUCCGUUGUUAGCGAGAACACUCCUCUGUUGGGAAAUGGAUCGGUGCAGACCAGAGCCACUGGAGCCUCAAUCGCCUCCUGUGUGUUCAACCUGAUGAACGCCAUCAUGGGCAGCGGGAUUCUGGGCCUGGCUUAUGCCAUGGCCAGCACAGGGAUAGUUGGGUUUAGCCUCCUGUUAGUACUGGUGUCCGGCCUUGCAUUAUAUUCCAUCCAUCUGCUUCUGACGCUUUGUGACCGAACAGGUAUCAACUCGUAUGAGGAACUUGGAGAAAAAGCCUUGAAAAAACCAGGAAAAAUUUUGGUCGGUUUAGCGAUUGUCAUCCAAAAUAUCGGUGCCAUGUCGUCCUACUUGUUCAUCCUGAAGUCGGAGCUUCCUGCAGCCAUCAGCAGCCUCCUGAACGCAGGAAACACCGGACAUGCCUGGUAUGAAGAUGGCAGGCUACUUCUCAUCAUCGUCACACUUUGUGUCAUUGUGCCUUUAGCAAUGUCCCCAAAAAUCGGAUUCCUGGGUUGGACCAGCAGCCUUGCCUUCAUCUUCAUGUUGUAUUUUACAGUUGUGGUUGUGGUGAAGAAAUGGUCUAUUCCAUGUCCGCUGCCUUACAACAUGACAAUACUCUCAAACUUUACGAAGGUAUCAAACUCGUCUGACUCAGAAUGUACACCUAAACUCUUCAUCCUCUCCAUAAAGAGUGCCUACGCCAUCCCUACUAUGGCCUUCUCCUUUCUGUGCCACACCGCCAUCCUGCCCAUCUACUGCGAACUGGAGCGACCAACCAAAACCCGAAUGCAGAACGUUGCGAACAUCAGCAUCAGUCUCAGCUUCCUGCUCUACUACGUUUCUGCUCUGUUUGGGUACCUCACCUUCUAUAGUCAUGUACAGUCUGAGCUGCUGCUCGGCUACGGCGUGUACCGGCCGCACGACAGAAUGGUGAUCACGGUCCGGCUGGCCAUCCUUCUCUCUGUGCUGCUGACGGUGCCGCUCAUACACUUCCCUGCCCGUAAGGCUGUGAUCUUAAUGCUGUUCGGAGGACGCCCCUUCUCCUGGCUGACCCACAUCGUCUCCACUCUGAUCAUCCUGGGUGUGGUGCUGAUGCUGGCCAUCUUCGUGCCCGAUAUCAGGAAUGUGUUUGGAGUCGUUGGCUCAACGAUGUCCAGCUGCCUGCUGUUUGUUUUUCCAGGAAUCUUCUACCUUAAAAUCAGCAGCCAGCCAAUCAAAUCCUUCGACUCCAUCGGGGCCAUAUUUCUGGUGGUUUUUGGGUUGAUAAUGGGUGUCACCAGUCUCACUGUCAUCAUUCUCUCGUGGGUGUUGAGCUCGUGAUCCAAAUCCAAGCCAGAAAGGGAAAAGUGAACCAAAGAAACUGAAUCAUGAAAGGGACCAGCAUCACCUCAGGGACUUUUUAUGAUGACACUAAAAUGUUUAUAUAGCUUUCAAAUUAUGAGAAAGUUUUUCUACAUGUUGACUUUUACAUUUUUUUAUUUUUGUGGGUGAUUUUACGGUUUUGAUUUUGCACUUUAUUAUUCCUUUAAACUUUCCUGAAAGCCUUAAUGAUUCUUGUCCUAACUUGAUGUAUUUCUGCUCUGUUUUGAGCACUAAAUGAAGGGAAAAUUGUUUACGUAAUGAAACCCGGGCUUGUUUAACCACUAAAAUGUCUUCAUCAG